GGGGAAAGAGAUUGUUUUGGGUGGGAGAUCAAAAAAAAAUCUGCGACCCUUUGUGGGAAAAAAGGGGAUCUUUGGAAAAGAAUCGAUUUGUGUGGUGGUGACACGGAGACUCCGAGAGUGGGAGAAUUUCUUGAUUUUCCGGCAACUCCGGCUUCUUUUCCGGCGAAGACUUAUGCGUCCGGACAGAACCCAUCCCUCUCAGAGAAGCACAGAGGAGAUUUCCGAUUGACUUUUUACCGUCUGGAUCUUCUUCUGCUCGAAUGGAGCGGAACAGAGAGGCUAGGAGAGCAAGUAUGGUGGCCGCUCCAAAUGGCCUUUCGAGACGGCGACACAGACCCAACAGUCUCCGAGACUCCCCUGAUGAAGAUGGACAGGUGGAGUUUUCCGAAUCGGCGAGGUUGAGGGAGAGAGUGAAGAAGGAUCGAGAUCGGGAGAGAAAUCGGGAGAGAGAUAGAGAGAGGGAGAUCGAGCGGUCCAGCCGGAGUAAAAGGCGGAGGGGCGAUAGGUUGAUUCACGGCGGCGACAGUUCACAGGAGAGUAACGAUGAUGAGGACUACGAGGAUGAAGACGGAAACCACCAGCAUCCGAGCAACGGCGGCGGUGGCGCGGCCAGGUCGGUGCCUCCGAAUCCUCCCGCUGCUGCCGCCUCCUUUCAGAAUCAUCACCACCAGAGCAGUAGCGGCAACCACCACUACCCGCACCACCAGCAAAAUCAUCUUCACCACCAUAAGACCUUUCAGCCCAGCAGCACAAAUGUUCUCAGGACAUCACCUGUGUGGAAAUCCGGCGAUGAAGUGAUAGGGAUUUCAGUCCCAAGAAAAGCCCGAUCAGCCCACACAAAGAGGUCUCACGAUUGGAUUUCGUGCACUGCCACCGCUGCCAACGGUGGUGGAGUGGGAAGAGACCAAAAUCACCGCCAAACUUCAACUUCGCCGGUGAGACAAAGUCUUCCAAUGUCCCCCGCACCUCCUUUGUCCCCUACUUCUUCCAAUGUGUCUGGCCGGAAAAAGAUUAAGGCAAAUGGGUCAAAGCAGAGGCCGCCAAAAACAUCAUCAAAAUCCACAUCUUCCAACCGGGAGGAGCUGGAGAUAGAGAUUGCCGAGGUUUUGUAUGGUUUGAUGACUCAGUCCCAAGCUCCUUCGAAGAAAGAAAUUGUUGCACCUAAUGAUUCUGCUGAAAUAAACAACAGAUCUAGCGGCGAUGCUGUGUCAUCAGCUGUUUCCAAUUCUCAGUCGCCUGCAAUCUUGCCUAUGAAUACAAACUCCUGUGCAGCACCCUUUUCAGCUAUUGCUCCGAAGAGGAAGAAACCCAGGCAAGUUUCUGAGAAUCAGAGCAGCCCUAGCAUUAGGAGCAGCCCUUCUUCUGCUUCAGCAAAAUUGCAGAACGAUCAGACUAUGACAUUGAAGGCAGAAGCUUCUUCUCCUAAUUCGGAAAAGAUGCCAUUUGAAAAUGGUGGUUCUGUGUAUGCUUUAACCAGUCCUCUCAUUUCACAAGGUAAGGCUAUGUCAGUAGAUCGGGUUCUGGAAUCGGUGGUGGAUUCUGAGGCUAAGCCAGCAGCAGGAUGUGAGCCAUCACCAAGAGAAGACCAUGAAGCAGCCAGAAAGGAGGAUGCCCACUUGGUGAAGAUGGAUUCAGCUUCUGUUGCUGUAGAAGUUAGUAAUUGCGAGGAUUCAGCUGUGGCGACUACUGCUACAACCUGCAAACCUUCAGCCGUGUCUGAUGUUGAAACUCACAGAGAGAAGAUCCAGAUUGAUCUGAUGGCUCCACCUCCACCUUUAAGAUCAUCACCUGAAGGAGAAUGCAAGGUUGAUUUUUUCUCCACUGUAGAACACAAGAGAAAUUUAUCUGAUUCCAUCACUGAAACGAGGUUGGAUGAUGGGAAGGUGGGAAAGGUUGAUCAGCCGACUGUGGAAGCUGAAGAGAUGAAAGCUAGAGCUGUGGUAGAAACAGAACCCAAAAAAAGAAAUGAUGGCAGGGGACAGGGUAGUGAUCUUCAGCUUAAUUUAGAAACACCGGAAAGGGAUAGUGUGUUUGCCGACAACAAAUCACAACAGUUAGGGGCAAAAACUAGCAAAGAACAGCAAAGUAUGGUUAUGGAAAAACCUGUUUUAGGUCAAUCAAGUACUUUGGCUUUGCCAAUGUCCAUACCGAGCUGGUCUUGCGGGCUUCCUCCAUUGGGAUAUAUGCCACCACUUCAAGGAGUUCUAACAAUGGAUGGAAGCACAAUUCCCUCAACGCCAUUGCAGCCAGUGUUUUCUCAACCUCGGCCAAAAAGAUGCGCCUCACAUUGUUACAUUGCAAGGAAUAUACACUUGCUCCAACAGUUUAUGAAGAUGAACCCGUUCUGGCCACCAGCUGCGAACCCUGCUGCGUCUUUGUUUGGAUCCAACCUUAAUGUUGUCCCUGCGGCUGAGUUUAAUGGAAACAUUGUUGGGAGGGGUGGAAGUACGGGGCUGGAUAAGGGGCAUGGACUUGCCAUCUUCCCUGGUCUUGGCAGCAAAGAUAAAUGCUCCCAAGCAUCCAACAUUCCAGAUCCCGUCCAGAGAAACCAGCAGAUUCUUUUGCAGCAACCAUUACCACCCCCUGUUGCACCCAAUAGUCUACUGCCCGGACACACAUACAUCAUUCCGUUGAACCAGCAGCAAGCUGCUCCUCUUCCUGGUGGGGGUGCUGCAAAGUCCACUGCAGCCAUUGCCCGGUCGCAUGUGCCUUCAAGUGCAACUAAUUCUGCUGUGGGUGGUGUUGGAUCUGCCACGGCAGCGGGUGGGAAUCAUGCCACCACUAGUUUCAGUUAUCCAAAUGUGCCACCUAAUGAAACACCAUAUCUGGCAAUCCUACAAAACAAUGCCUACUUUCAGAUACCAGCAGUGGGUGCACCAUUGAAUUACAGAGGAGGGCAUCCACAGCCAUUGCCGUUGUUCAAUGGUUCUUUCUAUUCCCCUCAGAUGAUCCAUCCGGCGCAGCUUCAGCAGCAGCAUCCGCCAACAAACUCUCAACAAUCCAAGCAAAUGCAACAAGGUCAGCCAAAUGCCAGCUUGUCAAGUGGUUCCUCGUCGUCCCACAAACAUCUGCAGAACCAGCAGAAGAGGCCCCAAGGACAUGGUGCCCCCAUCAAUGGCAACAAUGGAAAUGGAAGCCCACUUCCCUUUCCUGCCUCAAAGAGCCAUACAAUUCAACCCCAACAUCUACAGAAUCAGAUUAUACACCCACCUCAGUCCCGUCACAUUGAGAAUGAGUUGUGUGGCGAAGAUAGCCCAUCCACUGCUGAAAGCCGAGCACGUCCACCAGCUAAUGUAUAUAACCAGAAUUAUUUGAUGCAGAUUCAUCCUUCCAACUUUGGUGUAAUGGCAUCUUCAGCCACUAUGGGUGUUGUACCUGCCCCUACAAGCAGCAGUGGAAAUAACAGCGAGAAGCAACGUGCAUUAAAAACUGGACUGGAAUCAAUGCUGCACCAGCAUUUUGCAAUGCCAUUUGCUUCUUCUAUAAGUAGUGGGGCUUCUGCUCCUGGAAAUAAUAUUUCAUCCGUAGCGCAUAAUCAGGCCAUAUUUCAGACUCUGCCUGAUGCUACCAGGCAAAAUUUUCCGAUGGUUACAGGGGCUGCUGCUCCGCAGAAGAAAAGCUAUGGAGAUGGCAGUAGGGGUGGGUCUGGAGAUCCAACAGCCUCUGAUGAGAGAAAGGUAUCAUCGUCAGGCAAGGCUCCUCCAGCUAGUGCCAGACAGUCUAUGGCGCUCUCAGGGUCUGACCUUACAGAUGUUUCUGCCUCCUCUAAAAUGACGGCUACCACUAAUGUAAGUCUUGCAUCUGGUGGCCCGGCUUGGACUGCACAUGCUGUCAUGCCAACUUCUGCUGGGCCUCCCCUUUCGAAAGCCAAGAUGAACGCCCAAUAUCAGAAGCAGUUGUUCCACCAACUUCAGCAACAGCAAUUUGAGCAGGCUCAGCAAAUUGUGCAACAGAAGAAAUUAGCCGCAAAUGCUGCCCAGAGUAAAGCCCCUCAUACUAGUAAUGGUACUGUUCCUUCUGAAUACUUGACGUCAUCUGCUGCUCCCCCUGCUGGUGGGUCUAUGUUCUCGAACUCGAUCUCUGCUUUUCCACAAAAUCUUGUCCAGAUCAGUAGCAAUAAUAGCAGCCCGUCUCGGUCUCCCCAAUGGAAAAGUUCUGCUGCAAGAGCUUCCACCUCCCAAGCGCUGUCUUCUUCUUCUUCAUUGGUGGCUCCUUCGUCAUCUGUCAAAAACCACACUCAACAGCAGCAGCAGCAGCAGCAACUAAGGGCGCAGCAGAAUCACACCCAGAUAUCUUUUGGGGCUAAUCACAAGUCAACAUCGCAAGGGCAACAUCUCCCAAACAGCGGUCAGUCCCAGUCAUCAACAAUGAUGGCUGGAUCUCCAACAACCUCCUCUAUCUCAAAGGGUGCCGCCGCCAGUGGUAGUCCAAGAACAGCCACCUCUGCUUCCAUGAGCAACAAGACUGACCAGACUCCAUCACAACAGGGGAAAUCAUCUAUCCAAAUGCCCAACCAGAAAUCAUCCCCUGCAGGUGGGAGGAGUGUUCCUUCGAUUCUCGGAAACCAGCACGCUAUUCCUUCAACCUCAGGCUGUGGAAGUAAUAAAACUCAAAUGCAGCAGCAGCAGCAUUUGCCAAAAGGUGCACACCAAUCCCAACUCUUUUUCUCAGGCUCUUAUGCGCAAACACAAUCUACAAACCCAAGUUCUGCUUCUGCCACCAGUGGGUAUUUUGUUCAGAGAAGACACCCGGAACAGCAGCAAGCUCAACACCCACCGGGUUCAACAAUGCCAACAUCAUCAAGUAGUAUGUUAACUAUGUGUCCUGUUUCCCUGGGCAGUGGGGGGAGCACACCCAAUCAUUCAAAAGCAACUGCAGCUUCCGCUAAUAUGAGAGGCACCAGCUUGCCACCACAAAACAUCCCCCAAUUUUCAUCCCACUCAUCUGGGAAUCAGCAUCACAUUUUGCCUGCUGGUUUCUCUUAUGUCCAGCCUGCUCAGGUGAAGCCGACGGAGCAAAAACAGCCUGCUGGAAAUGAUAAUUUGAAUGCAUGCUGGCAGCCUGAGAAGAGAUGAGUAUGUGUAUUGACACAGCCUAUGAGGAAGAACCAUCGGGUGAAUCCCACGGUCAAGGACCCACCCAAGCUGGAAGCGGCCCCAUGGACUUGAACGUGGGCCAUAGAAGCCCGCAAUGGAUGUGAAUGUAUGUAUGUACACCGUUGUCUCUAGUCCGAUGGACCGAACGACGGGGAUGUGAAGCUGACUGCGAUUGCGCGCUGGUUUCUGCUGGCUGAUGCAUUAAAAAAAACAAAAAGAUGACUUGUAAGAAAAAUGAUCAUUGUUUUGAAUGACUAGAAGGAAAGAAUUUUAGCCAAGGAAUUAGAAGAAUGUCUGUUUAAAUAUCCUGUUCUUUCGGGUGUUAGCUUUUAGCCAAAGAUCUGUUGUUAUUCGUUAUUUUUUUUUCUCCCUUUAGGAGUUUUAACAGCAGAAAAAAGGUAGUAGUUUCUUGACAGCCUUGUUUUGAAACUGUAUGUAUGUAUAUGCAAUGUCUGUUUCUCUCUCUCUCUUUGAAGCACAGAUAGUUCCAACCCUUAGAUCUUGAUAUGGUCAACCGGGUCAAUUCAUCUUAAGGCUGGCAAUAUCCUGCAAAACAAGAAAUGAAUUUUUAAACAUUUU